AUGUCAUCAAUGUCAGCAUUAAUCUCAUCCUCUCUCUACACCAUCAAAAGAGGAAUGAUUCCUCUCCCUCCCUACACCACCUCCAUCUCGGGUCUUUCCAUGACCCAUCACCCCAAUCAGAAACCCGAAUACCCGCAAAGGGCUCCACCCGAGAUACCAUCCUUGCCCAAAACCCAACCUUCUUCAAUUCCCAAAGAGCAGCCUGUGGUUCCAACCCCGGAUCCGGAAAUGGACCCGGGUCUGCUGCCCGAAAUAGUUACAGAUCCAACCCGGUUUGAGCCGUACCCCAAUCCCAAACCGGAUGGGCCAAAACCACCACUAUCACCACCCGGGCCUGACAUGCCGCUGCCUAACCCACCGGAUGUUUUGCCGCCGCAGCCACCGGAUGUGGUUCCACCACGGCCUCCGGGACCGGACAUUGUGCCGCCGCCAACGACUCCGCCGGAUAUAACGCCACCCACCGGACCAACUGUUAUUGUGUAG